GUGCCGCUUUUCUCCUCAGCCCUCGUCAACAUGGCCGCCGCGGCUGCUUCUUCGUCGGCCUCUGGAGCCUCUUCUUCCUCCUCCUCCGGCCCGGGAGGCUCGAGCUCAUCCGGGCCCGGGGGAAGCGGGGGGUCUGCCUCCUCAGGCCUCACGGCCUCGCUGACGGGGACCAUGAACAGGAAGAAGAAGCCCUUCCUGGGCAUGCCUGCGCCGCUGGGCUACGUGCCGGGCCUAGGCCGCGGUGCUACGGGUUUUACUACCCGCUCAGAUAUUGGUCCUGCUCGAGAUGCAAAUGACCCUGUGGAUGAUCGUCAUGCUCCACCCGGGAAGAGAACUGUUGGGGAUCAGAUGAAGAAAAAUCAGGCAGCAGAUGAUGAUGAUGAAGAUCUCAAUGAUACCAAUUACGAUGAGUUUAAUGGAUAUGCUGGGAGUCUGUUCUCAAGUGGACCUUAUGAAAAAGAUGAUGAGGAAGCUGAUGCGAUUUAUGCUGCUUUGGAUAAAAGAAUGGAUGAAAGGCGAAAAGAGAGACGAGAACAACGUGAAAAGGAGGAGAUUGAAAAGUACAGAAUGGAGCGACCAAAAAUUCAGCAGCAAUUCUCAGAUCUGAAAAGAAAACUGGCUGAAGUUACCGAGGAGGAGUGGCUGAGUAUUCCUGAAGUUGGUGAUGCUAGGAACAAACGGCAAAGGAAUCCACGUUAUGAGAAAUUGACUCCUGUUCCAGACAGCUUCUUUGCGAAGCACUUGCAGUCAGGGGAGAACCACACAUCUGUGGAUCCUCGCCAGACGCAGUUUGGUGGUCUGAAUACGCCCUAUCCUGGAGGCUUAAACACUCCUUAUCCGGGUGGAAUGACACCGGGACUGAUGACCCCUGGAACAGGUGAACUGGACAUGAGGAAGAUUGGACAAGCUAGGAACACCUUGAUGGACAUGCGACUUAGCCAGGUGUCUGACUCUGUGAGCGGCCAAACAGUGGUGGAUCCCAAGGGUUACCUCACUGACUUGAACUCGAUGAUUCCCACACAUGGUGGAGAUAUCAAUGACAUCAAAAAAGCACGUUUACUUCUGAAGUCGGUGCGAGAGACUAAUCCUCACCACCCACCAGCCUGGAUUGCUUCUGCACGCUUGGAAGAAGUGACUGGUAAGCUGCAGGUUGCUCGAAAUCUCAUCAUGAAAGGGACAGAAAUGUGCCCCAAGAGCGAAGAUGUGUGGCUUGAAGCUGCCCGUUUGCAACCUGGGGAUACUGCCAAGGCUGUGGUGGCCCAGGCUGUUCGCCACCUUCCACAGUCAGUGCGGAUUUAUAUCAGGGCAGCAGAAUUGGAGACUGAUAUUCGAGCAAAGAAGCGUGUCCUUCGAAAAGCGCUAGAGCAUGUUCCAAACUCUGUCCGCUUGUGGAAAGCAGCUGUGGAGUUGGAAGAGCCUGAGGAUGCUAGGAUAAUGCUCAGCCGAGCCGUGGAGUGCUGCCCCACAAGUGUAGAACUGUGGCUGGCCUUGGCAAGGUUGGAGACCUAUGAAAAUGCCCGUAAAGUUUUAAAUAAGGCCCGUGAAAAUAUCCCGACUGACAGACACAUCUGGAUCACAGCUGCCAAACUCGAGGAGGCCAAUGGGAACACACAGAUGGUGGAAAAGAUUAUUGAUCGAGCCAUCACUUCGUUAAGGGCAAACGGAGUGGAAAUAAACCGGGAGCAGUGGAUCCAGGAUGCUGAAGAAUGUGAUAAAGCUGGAAGUGUGGCAACAUGUCAAGCGAUUAUGAGAGCUGUGAUUGGAAUCGGGAUUGAGGAAGAGGAUCGGAAGCACACCUGGAUGGAAGAUGCAGAUAGUUGUGUUGCUCACAAUGCUCUGGAGUGUGCCCGUGCAAUCUAUGCUUAUGCCUUACAAGUUUUUCCCAGCAAGAAAAGUGUCUGGUUGCGAGCAGCCUAUUUUGAAAAGAAUCAUGGAACCAGGGAAUCUUUGGAGGCCCUCUUGCAGAGGGCGGUAGCUCACUGCCCCAAAGCGGAGGUUCUCUGGCUGAUGGGGGCCAAAUCGAAAUGGCUUGCUGGAGACGUCCCUGCUGCUCGGAGUAUUCUGGCUUUGGCUUUCCAGGCCAACCCCAACAGUGAAGAGAUUUGGUUGGCCGCUGUGAAGCUGGAAUCUGAAAACAAUGAAUAUGAGAGAGCAAGGAGGUUGUUGGCAAAGGCUCGAAGCAGUGCCCCAACAGCCCGGGUCUUCAUGAAGUCUGUCAAACUGGAAUGGGUGCUUGGGAACAUUGCUGCAGCUCAGGAGCUUUGUGAGGAAGCCCUAAGGCACUAUGAGGAUUUCCCCAAGCUGUGGAUGAUGAAGGGGCAGAUUGAAGAGCAGGAAGAACUGAUAGAAAAAGCCCGAGAUGCCUACAACCAAGGGCUGAAGAAGUGUCCUGGCUCCAUACCCCUUUGGCUCUUGCUGUCCAGGUUGGAAGAGAAGGUUGGCCAGCUCACCCGUGCCAGAGCCAUCUUGGAAAAGUCUCGCUUAAAGAACCCAAAGAACCAAGAUCUGUGGUUGGAAUCUGUGCGAUUAGAAUACAGAGCUGGCCUGAAAAACAUUGCUAAUACACUGAUGGCAAAGGCUCUCCAAGAGUGUCCCAAUUCUGGAAUCCUGUGGUCAGAAGCCAUCUUCUUAGAAGCCAGGCCCCAAAGGAAGACCAAGAGUGUGGAUGCAUUGAAGAAAUGUGAGCAUGACCCACAUGUCCUUCUGGCUGUGGCCAAAUUGUUCUGGAGCGAGCGUAAAAUAACCAAGGCCCGUGAAUGGUUCCAUCGGACUGUGAAGAUCGACUCUGACCUGGGGGAUGCUUGGGCUUUCUUCUACAAGUUUGAACUUCAGCACGGCACAGAGGAGCAGCAAGAAGAGGUGAGGAAGCGUUGUGAAAACGCAGAGCCCCGGCACGGAGAGCUGUGGUGCGAGGUCUCCAAGGACAUCAACAACUGGCAGAGCAAGAUUGGUGAAAUCCUGGUGCUGGUGGCAGCAAAGAUCAAGAAUACCUUUUAGGCCAGAGGCCGUAUGGACUUGUGUCUCAAGCAGGGUGAGGGGGCCCAGCUUCUUCCUUCCACACACAUGUUGGGACUUCUGUCUCUACGUGGAAGGUGUUUGGAGGAGAAAUCAACAGGGGGAAAUGGAAUGAGGUUUCCUGGUUUAAAGGGAAGCCAAAUUUUUAUCCUGGCACUUUUUUUUUGUAGUGAGCAGGUAGCAGCUGUGAGAAAACCAGCACUUUUGUGGGAGAGUGCUUUGUGUAACCCCAUGCCUCAGGGUUGUUAAAUAACAGGAGAAGCUUCCGAGUGCUGAUAGGGAAGACAGUUUUAUUCAGAUACCAGAGCAGCCCUGGUGUUCUUUGUGUCUCGGAGUCUCUGAAAAGCACCUGGCAGAUGAGCUGUCCCUCUGGGCCUUUCUGCUUCCUAAAGUUCAAUUUGUCUUGUUGAUGUCAACACAAGUCAUUUCUAGUGACCAAUAAAGGAGACAGAGCAGUCUAUUUUUGUACAGUAAAAUACAAAGAGAUGGAAAACAAUUUUCUGGUGGGGCUCAGUAGAGAGCCCUGAGAACUUGGAAUUUUGUAGGAGUAUGUGUUAUUUGUAGGGAGGGUGACUAGGGGUCAGUCUUGUCACAAGAUAACAUGUAAAGAAUUUGAACUGUUUUGUGUUAGCCAUAUAAGCCUGAUGGUAUGGCGUCAGAACAAUUGCAACAUUUCGUAAACCAACAGCUGCUAGGAAAAUCGCAGGAGCUACAAAUGUUGACUUCACAAGUAACUCAAUUAGGAGCUUGCUUCUCAUUGAGUCAGGACAGGGCAAAAUGCCUUAAUGAGGCAUAGCUCCAUUGGUUUUCAGUGGAAAUGAAAAUAAGAUACUUUUGUGACAGUUGAUUUUGAGAAUGAAUGUGUCGUUCUUGUAGGGGAGGAGGAAUGUCACAUCACUUAAUAUAAUCCAGAACACACUUUGGAGAGAGAUCGCUGUAAGAGUAUUUGGUGUAAGCCUCCACUAACAACCAAGCAGACAGUUCCCUCAUCAUCAGAGGAGUCUUAUGGUUGGAAUAAUGUAGACAAGAUCUCUCAGUUUCAAUACAGUCUAAGAGGAACAGCUCUAUUGAAGUUGUACUGGAAUUGAUGGGUUGUCACACCAUCCAUUGUGUGUCCUUGAUAAUGGUUACUGUAAAUUCUCUCACUAUAGUUGGACUCAAAACCAAGCAAAUAGGCAUUCAUAGUUUGGCUAUUGCUCACGCUCUCCUACCCCAAUGCACCAAAACAUUCCUAGUUUUGGAUAAAACAACCUAUUUCCAUCUUAGUGGCAGUGAAAAUACCUUCAUGUAUUAGGAUAUGUCCAGUGUUUCUGCAUGGCAUUUUAUGGUUUUUUAGUAGUCAGUGACCAUUGUACAUAAUACGAAGCUGUAAAAUACAACCUUUUUUGUUCUUUGUGAUACUUUUAUUUUUUACUAUGUUGUCUUCUGCAUGUAUUUUUGGUUUGGGGGUUAGCGUGUCAAGUCCAGAUGGAUCAUUGGGAGAUUAAUACUUGUAUGUUGUGUAUCUUCAAGUAACAGACUGAUGGCGACUCUCAGGUGAACCUAUCACAGGUUUUUCUUGGCAUUUUUCCUUAGGGAGGGUUUGCCAUUGCCUUCCUCUGAGGCUAAGAGAUUGUUUCCAUGACCUAGCUUGGUCGAACCUUGGUCUCCUAGAGCCCUAGUUCAGUACUCAAACCACUACAGCUCUCUAAAUCAGUCAUUGGCAAAUUUGUGGAAGUCCAAAACACCAGAGGGCUGAAGUUUGCCCAUGCCUGCUCGAAAUUCAAGGUUAUUGGGCUGCCUUCUAAGCUGGUGAUAGUUCCAUCAUCCUCAUAAUGGAAGUUUUAAUUUAAAACAUCUUGUGGGCAGUAAAGUGGAAAAGGUGAUCAGGGACAUGAAUAAUACCUGCCCUUCAGCACGUAAUUUUCCUUCAAGCUCUUGGGCACAUGAGUUUAAUAUUUGAAGCAUUCUAGUGUUAGAAACAUGGAAUUUUGAAUUAUUACGUUUAACUACAAGAGCAGACUCCAUCCCUUCUCACUUCUUGUUUGAGCACCCUGAUAGUAAUACCAAGAAGAUUCUCUUGAAUUUUCUCCUUAUAGGUCAAGACUAUUUCACUCUUCUUAUCCCUUCACUUUCCUUAAUAUUCUUAGUGUUCUUAGGAAAGCACUGUAAUUUAAACUAUUCAAUUUUAACAGCAUAAUCAAAGUAGAACCCCAACUUCUGUCAAAAAUAGUCAUUAAUAUUGUUUUUGAAAUAAUCCAGGCAAGAAGUAUAUGCCAAAUCAGGAAGAAAUGCUUCUCAAUGUUAUGGCUAUAAACAAAUGUGUGCCAAUGUGCAGGGAAUGUUUGUCAAACUCUCAGGAUUGCAGAUUUACAGGAGCAAGGAGAUGAAAUUUUGAGUGUUACCUAUAGUUCUUACCCACCUGAUAUUUACCUUUUUGAAUCCCAUUCAAAAAGGUUGGGGCGAGUUUUGAGUUUUGAUUUGCACAUAUCAAACCACGCCCAUCUUUUUGCAUAGCUUUCUUUUGCAUAUAACCUUCCUUUCUGAUUUUUGGAGAUUUUUAUUUACUUUCAGCCUUUGCUGGUUGAAAGCAGGAGAUACACUUGCCUUCUGGACCUCAGUUACUUUGGUGUAUUACUGCUGCUCUUUUGAGGAGGUGUUUGGAGCAACCUGUGUGGAGGUGGUUGGCAACAGAACCGCUUUGGGGAAUGAUCAGCCCUGAGAAGAGUGUGUGUCUGGCUCCAUAUAAUGAUAGGUAUCCUAAGCAGAGUGUUUUGGUCUACAAUGCACAAUUGCCCAGCUUGUAGUGGCUGAGAGAUUCUGGGGAGUUGUGAAGAAAAUAAGUUAGCCAGGUUUUGCAUCUGGGGCCUGUCUUCAUGCAAAUAGGUGCUCUAGUCUUGGAUUGGCCAGCUACUCUCAGCAAAUGCAAAUUAAAAUUGCAUCUUAUAAGUGAUGAUUUUACCAUAUUACUCAGGAAGAACAAAACAGCAACAGGAAGUCUGUUCUAACCCCAUCCAUCCUAUCCCCUGAGAAGAAGAGCUGCAGGGAAUUUGCUUUUUCCUCCCCAUCAGAAAUUUUUUUGGCUCUGGUUGCUUGCUCCCCGCAGAUUCCAGAAUUUAGUAGAAAUCUACUCUGUCCUUAUAUUAUAACAGCCUGUUUUGGGAGGGGAGGAAUAGGGACGUGGUGUUACUACCUGUUGCUUGUAAACUACCUUGGGAGUAAUUUGACUGAGAGAUGAAGUCUGUCUUUGAAAUAAAUAAACGUUUAAUUCAAAACAA